AGAAGAACUUGUAUACUGUUGCAGUAUUGAAGAGGUUCUAAAAUAUCUAAAGCUUCCACUGGACUCUUCCGCUUGGCGACUAUUUAUAGAUAGUUCGAAACACAGCUUAAAAGCAGUUUUACUGCACAAUGGAAAUCAGCAUCCAUCAAUACCGGUUGCGUAUUCCACAAAAAAGGAUGAAACAUACGCAAAUAUUUCAAAUCUCUUAAAUAAAAUUGAAUACCAUAAAUAUAAAUGGGAAGUAUGCGCAGACUUCAAAAUGAUUGCAAUAUUGACUGGAAUGCAAACAGGAUACACAAAAUAUAUGUGCUUUCUUUGUAAAUGGGAUUCACGUGCUACCAGCAGCCAUUAUCAUAUUAAAUAUUUCAAAGAACGUAAAGAAAAUAUUAUUGGUGACUUAAAUGUAAUCCAUGAAUCUCUUGUCCCAAAAGAUAAGGUCAUACUUCCACCGCUGCAUAUUAAGUUGGGCGUGGUGAAAAAUUUUAUUAAAAGCUUAAAUACACAAGGAUAUGCUUUCAAACGCAUUCAAACAAUUUUCCCCAGAUUAUCUGCAGCAAAAUUAAAAGAAGGAAUGCUCGUUGGACCCGAUAUAAGAAAAUUAUUACAAGAUGAAGAAUUUUAUGGUCAUCUGUCGGAUAUGCAAAAGACAGCAUUUGACUUUAUGCAGCUGGUUAUAUCAGAAUUCCUUGGAAACUCAAAAGCACAAAACAAGCAGAAAAUAUUGAAAGCAUGCUAAUCGGUUUUAACAAUAUUGGCGUUAAGAUGUCACUAAAGCUGCAUUUUCUGCACUCUCAUCUCAAUUUUUUUAAAGAAAACCUUGGAGCGGUUUCAGA